UAGUAAAGAUGGCGGCCAUCACGGGGCAGUUGCUGGCUGGUGCCGGUUAUUGGACUGCGUUGUCGCGGUGCUGUCGCGGUGCUGCGGUCGGGCUAUUCUCCGGGGCCGCGGCCUACUCCUCCGUGCCCUCAGUGAGCAGAAGGGGAGGCAAGCAGAGGGAAGCUUCAACACGGAGAACAGGCAGGACAUCCCAAUUCAUAAGAUCACAUGCAUCUCCUAGAACUGAGAGGAUGGCUGUUGAUCAGGACUGGAGCAGUGUUUAUCCAACAGCAGCUGCAUUCAAACCUGCCUCUGUGCCUCUUCCAAUUCGAAUGGGUUACCCAGUGAAGAGAGGAGUACCUCUGCCAAAAGAAGGCAACUUAGAGCUUAUAAAGAUUCCCAAUUUUUUACAUCUUACUCCUCCUGCAAUUAAGAAACAUUGUGCUGCUCUUAAAGAUUUCUGCACUGAAUGGCCAGGUGCUUUGGACAGCGAUGAGAAAUGUGAGCAGCAUUUUCCUAUUGAAAUUGAAACAGUAGACUAUGUUUCUGCAGGGACAUCUAUUCGUAAUCCCAAGGCAAGAGUGGUGACUUUAAGAGUUAAACUUUCUAACCUGAAUUUGGAUGACCAUGCAAAGAAGAAGCUCAUUAAACUUGUAGGAGAGCGACAUUGCAAGGAUACUGAUAUGCUCACAAUUACCAUGGACAGGUGUCCGUUAAGGAGACAGAACUAUGAUUAUGGAAUACACCUCCUCACAGUUUUGUACCAUGAAUCAUGGAAAACUGAGAUGUGGGAGAAUGAGAAGACUGAGGAAGACAUGGAAGAGUAUAUCUGGGAAAAUAGCUGCUCUCAGAAAAAUGCUUUGGAUAUACUACUUCGAAUAAAAGCCUCAGAGAAUGUCAGUAAUGUAACUAAGGAAGAGCUUCUUGUAUCUGAGGUAGUUAAGAAUUACAGAAACUCUGUAGUUGCACUUAAAAAUGAAGGUGAAACGGAAAAUAACAUGUCUCAGUAUAAGGAAUCUGUGAAGAAAUUAUUGAAUAUACAAGCGUUACCAUGAAAGCAGACUCUUACAGGUAUCUCUUUUUGGAAAUAUUAUACUAGUAUGUGAAUAUUUCUAUGUGAUAUAAUUAUUCAGAACCAUAAGUAAAAAAGAAGGAAGAAAUUUGAGAGAAUUAUAAAAGUAAUCACAGAUUUUUUUUCUUUACUGCUUGGUUUCCUUGUAAGCAUUGUUUUUGCUAUUUGUGAAUCUCUUUCUUUGAAUAAAAUAUCUUUUGAGUCUGUUGGUGACUUGAA